AUGGAGACCUACUACGGUUACGUUAAAACACCACAAGACGCUAUCCUACUCUUCGAAGCAUGCAGAACGGGCACUUUAUCCCGUAUACAAAGAAGAUUGAGUGAAAAGGAAAGAUCCUUAAUCCGCUCGGGUUCCGUGUUUGUAUGGGACGAACGUGAGGCUGGUAUGCGGAGGUGGACCGACGGUAAGAGUUGGUCGGCCAGCCGUGUCAGCGGAAGCUUUCUGACCUACAGAGAACUCGAGUCAAAACGUAAAUCAAAUUCUCGUGGUAGCAACAAUCUCCACGAUCUAUCGAGCGAAGAUACCGAUUCAAGUGAAUCCUACCAUUCCUCCACAAAGAAAUCAAUGUCCUCGUCGACCACGGAACAAUGCCGAUACAAACACGGAGGUCUC